AUGCCUCAGCUCAGCAGCGGCGGAGGGGACGACCUGGGAGCGAAUGAUGAGAUGAUAUCGUUCAAAGACGAAGGGGAGCAAGAUGAGAAAAUCCAAGAAAACGCGUUCACGGAGAGAGACCUGGCCGACCUCAAGUCCUCUCUGGUGAACGAGUCGGAAAUUAGCCAAAACCCGAACUCGGUGGUAGGUGUCACGGAGCGCGUGCGGGCGGUCAGGCGGGGACAGCAGGGAGAGCAGAGGGGCUUCCCGGACAAACACCGAGAGCACCUCGAAAGUGUGUCGAAGCAACAAGAUGGAGGCAUGUACAAGUCGCCAGCGUAUCCAGGUUACCCGUUCCUGAUGCUGCCAGACCCCUACCUCCCCAACAGCUCAGUUUCUCCAUCUGUAAGUCCACAUCUGGUUUGA